CACGCAGUCGGAAAUCUAAGUUUCCAAGUGAAUUGCUGCUUGGCUCGAGCUCUCGUUCCUUCUCUCCUCCGAGGAAUGAUGAGGUGAUUCGGAGCACCAACAUUGGGACCGAGCAUGUAUUGAUGCUUGCCACGCAGAACCUAAAUUCCAAAGCAACCCUGGACCUUCAGAACGUGGAGGAGAAGUAACUCCAAAACGUCUCGCUGUUUCAAGGAUGUUCUUCCCAGAUGUGCCUCUCUCAGCCAUCAAUUACGCGCUCGUGUUGGGAAUAACGUGUCUGACGGUCUUCUGCAACUUCACCAAAAGUUCCUCUGAGUUUUCAGGUUACCUAUCCAAAGUGUUGAGGAACUACACCGAGCAGGCUUGUGACGGCGACUUCCUGUCGGUCCGCUGCCCGCCCCGCACCACCAUCACCGUCCAAUCGGCUUUCUACGGCAGGAAAGGCCCCUCCCACCCCCAGCAGUGCCCGUCCUACCAGAGAUAUUCCCUUGUAGGGACACACCCACUGGAGGAUGACACAUAUUGUUACAUGUCCACUGCACUACAGAAAAUGUUGGAUGAGUGCCAGGACAGGAGGAUCUGUCAGGUCCUUGUCAACAGUCGUCUCUUCGGGAUGGACCCGUGCCCCAGUAGCAGCAAAUACCUCAUUGUGUGGUACAAAUGCAUGCCUAAUGAGUAUAAGAGUACGGUGGUGUGUGAGGAGGAGAGGAUGAAGCUGAGCUGUAAACAGGGGAUGCAGAUUGCCGUCUACUCUGCCAUGUUUGGUCGAACCCAACAGGGGACCCUGGAGUGUCCUACCCACCACAGGGCACCCUCCGUAGACUGCCAGUCGGGCAUGGCUCUCCAAGUGCUGAUGGCCCGUUGUCAGGGGAAACGGAGCUGUUUGGUCCGGGCAUCCACGCGAGAGUUCGGGGACCCCUGCUACUCUGGCACCAGGAAAUACCUCAGUGUCAUCUACACCUGUGUCCCAAAGAAUUUGCUGCAGCAGGUGCCCAGCCCCAGAGUACCAGUGUUUUACCCCCCACCACCCGGGACCCAUGACCCAAACGUGGUUGGAGACAGUGCUCCCCCUGAUGAGACGUCGGGCAUAACCUCUGACACUGUGCUCUCAGUUAUCCCUUCAGGCAAGAAGAAGCGAGGGAGAGAGUCAGGCUCCUACUCUGGGGAGGUGAAGACGAACGAGGAAGGAGUGGAGGAGAGCGCCCCCCAGCCUCCGGACAUGAACCCUGUAAUCAACUCUACGACGGGCAGCACCAACAUGGCCCUCAUCAGUAGCACACUGGCAGCCUACAACUACAUAGCAGACCACCCAGAGCGUGCAGCUCUCUACUUCCUGUGUGGCGUGUGCCUGGGCCUCUUCUUUACCCUCUUUGCUCUGGUCGUCCAGAUCUCAUGCCGCACCGACUGCCAACCCCGCCGUCGCCCCAGCACCACCACCAAGAAGCGUCCGCGGCCCUCUGACUCCUCAUCCGACUCCAGAGACUCUGACUCGGACACCACGUCAGACCUGUCGGCCCGCCGCCACCGCCGUUUCGAGCGCACUCUCAACAUGAAUGUGUUCACAUCAGCGGAGGAGCUGGAGCGUGCUCAGCGGCUGGAGGAGAGGGAGAGGAUCAUACGAGAGAUCUGGAUGAACGGUCAGCCGGACAUACCCGGGACGCGCAGCCUCAACCGCUACUACUGAGGCAGGACCGUAAAGGAACCUCUACUAGAUCUAGAAAUGGGGGGGGGAGGCUGUGAAGGUUGGAGUGCAGUACUUGAGAUGGGACGUGUAGGACCACAAAUGGACCUCUGGGCUUUGGGAAUGGGGCCCCAUGACCUGACGGGGACCUGCGAAGGUUUGGAACCCUCUGUCUGGGUAUCUCCCUCUGUCAGUCUGUCUGUGUCCAUGUGGGUACUCUAGACUAGGGCUGCCCAACCCUCAUCCUAGAGACCUACUGUCCUGUAGCUUUUCAGUCCAACCCUCUUCCUGGAGACCUACUGUCCUGUUGGUUUUCAGUCCAACCCUCUUCCUGGAGACAAACUGUCCUGUAGUAGGUUUUCAGUCCAACCCUCUUCCUGGAGACCUACUGUCCUGUUGGUUUUCAGUCCAACCCUCUUCCUGGAGACCUACUGUCCUGUUGGUUUUCAGUCCAACCCUCUUCCUGGAGAUCUACUGUCCUGUAGGUUUUUCGUCCAACCUUAAUUUAGCGUAUCUGAUUCAGCUAGUUAAGAUCUUGUUGAGCAGCUAAUUAGUAGAAUCAGGUGUGUUAAAUUAGGGUUGGACUGAAAACCUACAGGACAGUAGGUCUCCAGGAAGAGGGUUGGACUGAAAACCAACAGGACAGUAGGUCUCCAGGAAGAGGGUUGGACUGAAAACCAACAGGACAGUAGGUCUCCAGGAAGAGGGUUGGACUGAAAACCAACAGGACGGUAGAUCUCCAGGAAGAGGGUUGGUCAGCCCUGGUAUAGAGUAAAGACCCCUCUGUUUUUGCAGUGAGAAUAAGCUCCUCCUUCUCAGCAUGGUAAGCUCGACCGGAGCCUGCCUGUCAUUGGUGGAGGCUGAAGGUGGAAGGUCAUUUAACUGCACAGCCUCGCAUUUGACCUCCUCACACCCUUCUGAAGUGGAGGAUCUUGGGAUAAUUAGGCUGUAAAGCCUGAAAGGUGAUUUAAGGACAGUUGCUAAUGUUACUCCACUGUUGCCUAGUGGAUACUGAGAAUUGGGCAGCUUGCUUCAUGCUCACUCACCCUUCAGUAUUUAAAUGGGUGAAUGGUUUUCGGAGAGGCAUAGCACUUACAGUGAAAUGCACAGCGUAACACUUAAGAGGGAAAUGACCACGUUCAACCGACGCUGCCUUUUGAACUUUGAACUCAAAAUGUGUUUUUUUUUGGAAUUCAUCUCAAACCCUUUAUGAAAUGUAUUUUAUAUAAUAUUUAAAGUCUUUUUUGUUAUUGUGUAUUUUUUUUCUUUACAGUUAUUAUUAUGAAAUAUUUUUAUACUGUGGCGAUUGAAGCUUGUCUGGCACCUCAGGGAUGCAAUCCUAGGUGUAUGUCCAAAAUGGCACCCUAUUUGUUUUAUAGUGCACUACUUCUGGCUAGAGCUCUGGUCAAAGGUGGUGCACUACAUAGGGAAUAGGAGGGAAUAGGGUGCCAUUUUGGACAGAACCCCUAGUGUUUCUGUGUAUAGUCGUUUCUAUUUGCUUCCUAAGAAGGGGAUCAGGGCCUGUAUUUAGCAAGUGUCUCAAGAGUAUGAGUGCUGAUCUAGGAUCAGGUUACCCCUCCCCCUGUCCAUGUAAUCUUGUUCAUUAUGAUCUAAAAGGCUAAACUGAUCCUAGACCAGGACUCUUACUCUGAGACUUUAUGAAUUCAGGCCCAGUAUAAUGCUCUAGAUGUGUCAGCAUAAAAAAAUAUAUAUACAAAAAUAUUAAUGUAAACUCAGAGGUCAAGUGAUUUAAUAAGCUUGUUUUUUACAUGUUAUAAUAUUCACAGUGCAGUGCCUUACCUGGCAACAGGGAUGUAUAUUGGUGGAAAAGAAAACCCCAGUCACCUGAGUCAACCAAUCAUUAUGAAUUUAUGAAACAAUCAAUUCCAAUCAUGUUUAUUUCCAUGUUUCUCAUGUUAUGUUUCUCACGUUGUCAAACUGGCUUGUGUGUGUGUUGUCCAUGUUUAAAUGGUGAGGCAGGUCCCAGAUAAUGUUGUGCUGUGUCAUGCCAAUGGCCAUAAGACUUGAUAAGACAGUAAAACAGAUCUAGGAUCAGCUAGGAAAUGGCUCAAAUCUAUGUACAUUUUUUCAAAUACAUUGCACUUGUUAUCAUGUAGGAAUGUAUGUACAGUACAGAACACAAUCUCUUCAAUUGUCUACCAGUGAAAUAGCUUCCAAAUUAUUACUGUGUGCAGCAAGACUAGUGUUGUCCCUCAUGGGACACCAUAGGGCUAUCUGUCAGGUUUAUUGUGAUGACCAUGUUGUUAAUAUAAGUUAUAUUCAUCCAGUUCUGUUGCACUGGGUUGAACUAUAGGUAUCAUGGUUUAUUAUACGAAGUUUGGGAUUUUCUUGACAGAGGGGAGUUGAGAAUGCAGUGAAUACUCUUCACUUCAACUGCAAUCAUUUCAAUGCUUUUAUAUUGAAAAAGCUGUUGCGUUUCAAUGGGACAAAACAAUAUGGCAAUAGCUGGUGAGACCAAAAUAUGACUCCUUUGCUUGGAAUAAACUGUGUUGAAAAUAA